UCCUCAUUCCCAAUCCCGAUCCAUCCUCAAAACAACUGACGAGAGAUCGAUGAUGAUGAAGAUGCCUUGGAGGAGGAAGAGCAGGAGCUUCCAUCUUCAGCUACAAGGGGCAAUUGGUACCAUUCAAUCUCCAUUCCUAUUCUUAUUUACCAAUUAUUGCCAUUCUUCUACUUCCACACUUGAAGAUUCACGCUUCUUGACAAAUAAUUUCAAAUCUGCUUCUUUUACCCACCUUGAUGAUGCCAUUGCUUCCUUCAAUCAUGUAAUUCAUAAGCAUCCUCUGCCUUCUAGGAUUCCAUUUAAUAGAUUCUUAUCUGCCCUUGUGAAAAUGAAACAAUAUCACACUGUCCUUUCCAUGUCCAAAACAAUUGAAUUGCUAGGAAUCUCUCACGAUGUUUAUUCUCUUAACAUCUUAAUUAAUUGCUUCUGCCGUUUACAUCUUGUGGAUUUUGGCUUCUCUGUUUUCGGAAAGAUGUUCAAAUUCGGAUUGGAGCCUACCAUUGUGACAUUUACUACCUUAAUUAAUGGGCUUUGUAUAGAGAGUAAAAUGGACAAAGCAGUGGAAUUUUUCGAUGAUAUGGUCGCACGUGGUUAUCAACCUAAUGUUUAUACUUUCAAUGUGAUAGUAAAGGGAUUGUGUAAAUUUGGGAAAACAAAUCUGGCUAUUGAGCUACUAAAGGAAAUGGCUGAUAGAGGUUGUGAGCCAGAUGUUGUGACAUACAAUGCAAUCAUUGACACCCUUUGCAAAGAUGAGCUAGUUGGUGAGGCUUUAGAGCUCUUCUCUCAAAUGAGGAAUAAGGGCAUUUCACCUCAUGUCAUCACUUACAAUAGUUUAAUUCAUGGUGUUUGCAAAUUAGGCCAAAAGAACCAAGCUUUGGCCUUGAUGAAUGAAAUGGUGGAGCAGAACAUAUUACCAAAUGUUUAUACCUUCAGUGUAUUGAUUGAUGCUCUUUGUAAGGAUGGAAUGGUUUCAGAGGCUCAAAAUACAUUCAAUGUAAUGAUUCAAAGAGGUGUAGAGCCUGAUGUGGUCACCUACAAUUCCUUAAUUGAUGGUCUUUGCAUUUCAGACCAAUUCCAGGAAGCUUUGGCCUUGUUGAAAGAAAUGGUGGGGAGGAACAUAUCCCCUGAUGUUUUUACCUUCAAUAUAUUGAUAGACACUCUUUGUAAGAAAGGACUGGUUUCAAAUGCACAGAAUAUAAUCAAAAUAAUGAUUCAAAGAGGUGUGGAACCUAAUGUUGUCACUUAUAAUUCAUUGAUGGAUGGAUAUUGUCUGUGCAAGCAAAUUGAUAAGGCUAGAAAGGUAUUUGAUCUGAUGGUGACCAAUGAAAUAGCUGACAUUUUUAGCUACAGCAUUUUGAUCAAUGGAUAUUGGUAUGUUUCAAGCAGGGAGGCCCCAAACUGCGCAGGAGCUCUUUAAGAAUAUGUGCUCUCAUGGUCAACAGCCUAAUCUUGUGACCUAUUGCAUUCUGAUCAAUGGUAUGUGCAAAGCUGGCAAGAUUAAUGAUGCCAAGGAACUGUUUUCUAGUCUUUUUGAAAAUGAUUUACAACCUAAUGUUCAUA